GAAGAAGAAGAACAACCUUCCGGUGUGUCGUCCGGUUAUAAAACCUCCGCUGAGCUCCAGAACCGGACCGAACCUCAGAACUCGGCUUUUUCUGCGUAGCAGCGAAUGGGGUUCGACAGGUUCUGCAGUCUGGACCGGUCCGACCCGUUCUGGGACUGGAACCGGACGUGGAACACGCCUAACCCAGACGUGACUCAGUGUUUCCAGAACACGGUUCUGGUGUGGCUGCCAUGCCUCUACCUGUGGAUCAGCGCCCCCCUCUACCUCGUCUACCUGCGCAGCCACAACCACGGCUACAUCUGCAUGACUCACCUGAACAAGGCCAAAACUUCCGUGGGCCUCCUGCUGUGGAUCGUCUGCUGGUCGGACGUCUUUUAUUCUUUCUGGGAAUCGAGCAGCUCCAGCGUCCCGGCAGCCGUGUACUUCGUCAGCCCAACCUUACUGGGCCUGACUAUGCUGCUGGCCGCCCUGCUGGUCCAGUAUGAGCGGAUGAAAGGCGUCCAGUCUUCUGGGGUGAUGCUGAUCUUCUGGCUGCUGGCUCUGAUGUGUGCCUCGGUCAGCUUCAGGUCCAGGAUCCUGCAGGCUCUGGACCAGCCUCAGAUGGUGAACGUGUGGAGAUACACCACCUUCUACAUCUACUACGCCUUGCUGCUAGUGGCCCUGGUCCUCUCCUGCUUCACCGACCGGCCGCCGCUCUUCUCUCAGGCCGUCAAAGACUCGAAUCCCUGUCCUGAGCCUGGAGCUUCGUUCCUCUCCAGAAUCACCUUCUGGUGGAUCACCAGGAUGAUGGUGACAGGAUACCAGCGCCCCCUGGAGGAGAAGGACCUGUGGUCCCUGAACCCGGAGGACCGGUCCCAGCAAGUGGUUCCUCAGCUGGUCCGUCGCUGGAACUCAGAGUGCCAUAAGGUCAAGAGGACGGAGCAGGAAACCCUCUACUCCCCGAAGAGAGUCGCCCGCCCUGAAGGCAAAGAAGACCGACCGGUGGAAGAGGCUGAGAUCCUGCUGAUCAAAACCCCCAAGAAGACCAAAGAGCCGUCGCUGUUCUGGGCGUUGUGUCUGACGUUUGGACCCUACUUCCUCAUCUCCUGCCUCUACAAGAUCAUCCAAGACAUCCUGAUGUUUGUUGGGCCUGAGAUCCUCCGGCUCCUGAUCCGUUUUGUGAACGACUCCAGCGCCCCCUCCUGGCAGGGCUUCUUCUACACGGCUCUGCUCUUCCUGUGUACCUGUGUCCAGUCGCUCAUCCUGCAGAGAUAUUUUCACGUCUGCUUCGUCUCCGGCAUGCGUCUGAGAACCGCCAUCAUCGGAGCCGUUUACAGGAAGGCCCUGGUCAUCAGCAGCGCCGCUCGUCGGACCUCCACCGUGGGAGAGAUCGUAAACCUGAUGUCUGUGGACGCCCAGCGCUUCAUGGACCUCAUCACCUACAUCAACAUGAUCUGGUCGGCUCCUCUGCAGGUGGUUCUGGCGCUCUACUUCCUCUGGCAGAACCUGGGUCCGUCGGUUCUGGCUGGAGUGGCUGUGAUGCUCCUGAUGGUUCCAGUGAACGCCGUCAUCGCCAUGAAAACCAAAACCUACCAGGUGGCCCAGAUGAAGAGCAAGGACCAACGCAUCAAGCUGAUGAACGAGAUGCUGAACGGCAUCAAGGUGCUGAAGCUCUACGCCUGGGAACUGGCCUUCAAGGACAAGGUGUCGGAGAUCCGUGAAAGCGAGCUGAAGGUCCUGAAGAAGGCUGCCUACCUGGGGGCGGUCUCCACCUUCACCUGGGUCUGCGCCCCGUUCCUGGUUGCUCUGUCCACUUUCAGCGUCUACGUGCUGAUCGAUGAACACAACGUCCUCGAUGCUCAGAAGGCCUUCGUUUCUCUGGCACUCUUCAACAUCCUGCGUUUUCCUCUCAACAUGCUGCCAAUGGUGAUCAGCAGCAUGGUGCAGGCCAGCGUAUCUCUGAAGCGUCUCCGAGUGUUUCUGUCUCACGAGGAGCUGCAGGAAGACAGCGUCGACCACAAAGCAGUGGCAGGCUCUCCUCACGGCAUCACCAUCCAGGACGGAGUCUUCAGCUGGUCCAGAACCGAAUCGCCAACGCUGAAGAGGCUGAAUGUGUGUAUCCCUGAAGGUUCUCUGGUGGCGGUGGUCGGACACGUUGGAUCAGGAAAGUCUUCUCUGCUUUCUGCUCUGCUCGGAGAAAUGGACAAACUGGAGGGAACUGUAGCUGUUAAGGGUUCUGUGGCCUACAUCCCCCAGCAGGCCUGGAUCCAGAACUCCUCCCUGAAGGACAACAUCCUGUUUGGUCAGCAGAGGAGGGAGGCCUGGUACCGGCGAGUGGUGGAGGCCUGCGCUCUCCAGCCGGACCUGGAGAUCCUUCCUGCUGGAGACGAGACGGAGAUCGGAGAGAAGGGGGUGAACCUGUCCGGAGGUCAGAAGCAGAGGGUGAGUCUGGCCCGAGCCGUCUACUGCGACCGAGCCGUCUACCUGCUGGACGAUCCGCUGUCUGCUGUCGAUGCUCAUGUGGGAAAACACAUCUUUGAUCAGGUCAUCGGCCCUCAGGGGCUUCUGAAGGACAAGACCCGGAUUCUGGUGACCCACGGGCUGAGCUACCUGCCUCAGGCCCACCUGAUCCUGGUCAUGCUGGACGGGGAGAUCACUGAGGUGGGGUCCUACCAGCAGCUCAUGGCCACGGACGGAGCGUUCGCAGAGUUCCAGCGAACGUACGCUACUGUGGACCAAACUGAAGACGAUGAAUCACCUCCAAAGAGUGGAGCCAAAGGGAAGGAGAACGGCAGCGUGACGACUCCGGUUGGCAGUCCAGGAGCCAACAGUGCUUCUAAAGUGUCUCUGAUGGAGAAGGAGGAGAAGCAGCUGAACCAGAAGACCAAGGACCCGAAGGUGGGGAAGCUGACGGAGGCUGAUAAGGCCAGCACUGGGAGGGUCAAGCUGUCGGUGUUCUGGUCCUACCUGAAGGCCAUCGGACUGGCUCUGUCCUGCAUCAGCCUGCUGCUGUUCCUGGCCCAUCACCUGGUCUCCAUGUUCUCCAACUACUGGCUGAGUUUGUGGACCGAUGAUCCGGUGGUGAAUGGAACUCAGCCGGACCGAUUGAUGAGGCUGGGGGUGUAUGGAGGUCUGGGUCUGUCCCAGGGUGUGGCGGUCUUCGGUUACUCCCUGGCCAUGUCCAUCGGUGGGAUCCUGGCGUCCCGGUUCCUCCACCAGUCCAUGCUGUACGACGUCCUGCGCUCUCCCAUGUUCUUCUUCGAACGGACUCCCAGCGGAAACCUGGUGAACCGCUUCGCCAAGGAGAUGGACACCAUCGACUCGGUGAUCCCCAGCAUCCUGAAGAUGUUCAUGGGCUCCAUGUUCAACGUUCUGGGCUCCUGUGUCAUCAUCCUGAUCGCCACACCGCUGGUCGCCAUCAUCAUCCCUGUCCUCGGUCUGCUCUACUUUCUGGUGCAGAGGUUCUACGUGGCGUCGUCUCGCCAGCUGAAGCGUCUGGAGUCCGUCAGCCGCUCGCCCAUCUACACCCACUUCAAUGAAACGCUGCUGGGAACGUCCGUGAUCCGAGCGUUUGGAGAGCAGGAGCGCUUCAUCCGAGAGAGCGACCAGCGGGUGGACCACAACCAGAAGGCCUACUACCCCAGCAUCGUAGCCAACAGGUGGUUGGCGGUUCGUCUGGAGUUUGUAGGAAACUGCAUCGUGUCGUCUGCUGCGCUGUUCGCCGUCAUCGCCAGAGAGAGUCUGAGUCCAGGCAUCAUGGGUCUGUCCAUCUCCUACGCCCUGCAGCUCACUGCCUCCCUGACCUGGCUGGUCCGGAUGUCUUCUGACGUGGAGACCAACAUCGUGGCUGUGGAGAAAGUCAAAGAGUACUACGACACCGAGAAGGAGGCCCAGUGGAUCCACGAGUCCUCCAGUCUUCCUCCAGGCUGGCCCACCGCCGGCUGCAUCGACUUCAGAGGCUUUGGUCUGAGAUACCGAGAAGAUCUGGACCUGGCCAUCAGGAACAUCAGCAUCAGCAUCUCUGGAGGGGAGAAGGUGGGCAUCGUGGGCCGGACCGGAGCAGAGUCCUCUCUGACUCUGGGUCUGUUCCGGAUCAUCGAGGCGGCUGAGGGGAAGAUCUUCAUCGAUGGGGUGGACAUCUCUCAGCUCGGCCUCCACGAGCUCCGGUCCAGAAUCACCAUCAUCCUCAGGUCAGUGGUCAGAAUACGUAUGUAACAGCUGGUUCUGUAAAGUUCCAGGACGAACAUCUGGACCUCUGCUGGUUUAAUCAGUCUGGAGAAGGGGUUGUGUUGAUGUCAUUACAGCUUCAUUCAGACCUCCAGACUCCUCAGAGAUGAUUUCUGAUCAGGAUAAUGAAUACACAGACUCAUUCUAACGGUUUGUUUGGACGCUUCCAGCUGCCUUCAGAUGAACAGAGUUUAGUUUUAGUGACUGCAGAAGAUAAAACUGGAGUUCAGCAGGUUCUGCUUUAGUUCCUCUGAAGGUUUCAUCAACUGCUGCUCUCAGAUCUGAUAAAUCCAGAUGUUAAAGUUCUGACAGGACUCUCCUUCCUCCCCAGGACCCGGUUCUGUUUUCGGGCUCUCUAAGGAUGAACCUGGAUCCUUUCGACUCGUACUCUGAUGAGGAAGUGUGGAGAGCUCUGGAGUUCUCCCAUCUCAAGAGCUUUGUGUCUGGUCUUCCUGACAAACUGAGCCAU